GGCAGAAGAAGAAGAAGCAUGUGUCACAGCAGGAGCUUUAUUCUGACGAUUCAAUGAUUUAAUGAUUUAAUGUUAAACAGAAGAGAAACGCUGCGAGUUUAAGGAACAUUUAUCAGAAUGAAGUUCGCGUACAGGUUUUCCAAUCUGCUCGGUGCAGUUUAUCGUCAGGGAAACUUGAGUUUCUCCAAAGAUGGAAACGCUGUGAUCAGUCCGGUGGGAAACAGAGUCUCAGUCUUCGACCUGAAGAACAACACGUCUGAGACGCUGCCCGUCUCCACCGCUAAGAACAUCACGUGUGUGGGAGUCUCUCCGGAUGGCAGCGUGGCGGUAGUGGUGGACGAAGAUGGAGCAGCCCUGUUGGUCAGUCUCGUCACCCGAGCCGUCCUCCAUCAUUUCCACUUUCACAAGCCGGUGAACAGCAUCCGAUUCUCCCCCGACGGCAGGAAGUUUGUUGUGACGAAGGACAAUGUGGCUCUGAUGUACCACGCUCCCGGGAAGCAGCGCAAGUUCAACGCCUUCGUGUUGGACAAGAGCUACUACGGCCCGUACGAUGAGACCACCUGCAUCGACUGGACGGACGACUCCAAGUGUUUCGUGGUGGGCAGCAAAGACAUGUCCACGUGGGUGUUCGGUGCCGAGCGCUGGGCCAACCUCAUCUACUACUCGCUGGGAGGACACAAGGACAUGAUCGUGGGCUGUUUCUUCGAGAAGGACAGUCUGGAUCUGUACACGGUGAGCCAGGACGGGACGCUGUGUGUGUGGGAGAGCGACACCGAGCUGGAUGGCCUCGUCCUGAAGAAGAGCCGGGACCAACCCGAGCCCCUGAAGCAACGAGAGGAGGGAGAGGAGGAGGAGGAGAGGCUGGAAGGAGAAGAGGGAGAGGUCAUCAGAGGGAAAGCUGGACCCCCCAAAGAGAAUACCAAGAACGUUCGAUACAAGCAGAGGAGCAAACACUUCUUCAACAAGGAGGGAGAUUUUAACAACUUGACCACGGCCGCGUACCACAAGCCCACUCACAUCCUGGUCACGGGUUUCGCCUCCGGUAUCUUCCACCUGCACGAACUCCCAGAAUUCAACCUGAUUCACUCGCUCAGUAUUUCAGAUCAGAGAAUUGCUUCAGUGGCGAUAAACAGCUCUGGAGACUGGAUCGGCUUUGGAUGCUCAGGGAUGGGUCAGCUGCUGGUGUGGGAGUGGCAGAGCGAGUCGUACGUCUUCAAGCAGCAGGGACACUUCAACAACAUGGCGUCUCUGGCGUACUCUCCGGACGGACAGUACGUCGCCACAGGAGGCGACGAUGGAAAAGUCAAAGUGUGGAACACCAACAGCGGCCUCUGCUUCGUCACCUUCACCGAGCACAGCAGCAGCGUCACCAACGUCACCUUCACGUCCAGCGGCUUCGUCAUCGUCAGCGCUUCUCUGGACGGGACGGUGCGGGCGUUCGACCUGCACAGGUACAGAAACUUCCGGACGUUCACCUCGCCCCGGCCGGCGCAGUUCUCCACCCUCGCGGUCGACAGCAGCGGAGAGCUGGUGUGCGCAGGAGCUCAGGACUCGUUCGAGAUCUUCCUCUGGUCCAUGCAGACCGGCCGCCUGCUGGAGGUGCUCGGGGGUCACGAGGGUCCGGUCAGCUGCUUGUGCUUCAGUCCCGUGCAGUCGAUCCUGGCCAGCGCCUCGUGGGAUCGCACCGUGCGGCUCUGGGACAUGUUGGACAGCUGGCAGGUCAAGGAAACGCUUCACCUCACGUCUGACGGCUUGUCGGUGACGUACCGCCCUGACGGUCAGGAGUUGGCCGUGACCUCUCUGAACGGUGAGAUCUCUUUCUGGAACUCUCAGAACGCCACGCAAACCGGCUCCAUCGCUGGACGCCACGACCUGGAGAUGGGCCGCAAAGAGACGGACAAAAUCACAGCCAAACAGUCCGCUAAGGGCAAGUCCUUUACGUGUGUGUGCUACUCUGCGGACGGGGAGUCGGUGUUAGCCGGAGGUCAGUCCAAGUUCGUCUGCAUCUACAACGUGAAGGAGACGAUGCUCAUGAAGAAGUUUGAAAUCUCCUGCAACUUGUCCUUCGAUGCCAUGGAGGAGUUCCUGGACAGGCGGAAGAUGACGGAGUUCGGCAGCCUGGCUCUGGUGGACGAGGGAGCAGGGGACGGAGACGGCGUGAACAUCAGCCUCCCGGGAGUCAGGAAAGGUGACAUGAGUUCUCGCCACUUCAAGCCAGAGAUCAAAGUCAGCUCGCUGCGCUUCUCUCCUACUGGUCGCAGCUGGGCGGCCACCACCACCGAGGGCCUGCUGGUCUACUCCCUGGAUGGUUCUAUAGUGUUUGACCCCUACGACCUCGACCUGGACGUGACGCCGGCCAGCAUACGCAAGCAGCUGCGGCUUCAGGAGUGGACGUCGGCCAUCGUCCUGGCCUUCAGACUCAAUGAAAAGGCGCUCAAGCUGGAGGUGCUGGAGACGGUGCCACACGAGCAGAUCGCGCUGGUUUGCAGUUCACUUCCUGACAUUUACGUGGAGAAGCUCCUCGGGUUCGUGGCGUCGUGUUUGGAGAAGUCGGGUCACCUGCAGUUCUACAUGGCCUGGGCCCAGAACCUGCUCAUGCUGCACGGACAGAAACUCAAGAACAGGUCAGGAGCAUUACUGCCCACACUCCAGGCGCUGCAGAAGAGCAUCCAGAUCCACUUUGACAACCUGUCGAAACUGUGUGACUUCAACAUGUACAACAUCCGCUACGCCGAGGCCCUGUCGAAGCAGAGGGGCGUGAAGAGAGCAGCGGAGGAGGAAGAGGAGGGGAAGGAGGAGGAGGAUGAUGAAGGGCUGUCAGAGGGGAUGAGCGAAGCCUCUUUUGAGGAGGCAGAGAUGAUCCUUUAGGCAGCGAGAGAAGAAUAUUGUUGGACUGUGAGAAAACAUUGUAAUUGUAAACAGUUUUUUAAUAAAUUCAUAUGUAAAUGUA